GCUGGAAGAUAGAGAGGGUGUGGCAAUUGCCAAAUUAGAACAUCACCAUUUUCUUGCUUGUGCACUACUGACUUGACUCCGGUUGUGAUCACUUUGUAUGAGAUUGUUAGAACACCUCCAGCAUAUUCAGAAACAGUCUAAGUGACUGUGGAAUGCCUCAAGGCCAAUAGAAAUCAAAUAGAAACAGGUACCAACUCAAGUCUUGAGUGAUGACAGAGGUACAUUUCAAGUAUCAUGGAAAUCUCACUGGGCGGGCCCAUUUCCCCACCCUGGCAACAGAGGUGGACACUACUUCAGAUAGGUAUUCCAACCUGUAUAUGUACGUGGGCUUAUUCCUGAGCCUCCUGGCCAUUCUCCUCAUCCUACUCUUCACAAUGCUUCUUCGACUCAAACAUGUCAUCUCACCCAUCACCUCUGAGAGCACAGAAAGUGUUCCUCAGUUCACAGAUGUAGAGAUGCAGAGUCGAAUCCCCACUCCUUAAAGUCAGAACGAAAGUGAG